AUGAAGGAGAAGCAUAAAAAGGUCGAAUACGCGGAGGUCACAGGGGAAGCCCCCGCCGACGCCCCAACCGACGCCGCAACCGACACGACCCCCAAAGAUGUAAGCAGUGUGUUCGUGAAUAACCUCCUAACGAGCAUUAACAACAUAAAUAACGCAAUAGUUUAUAAGGACAACCGGUACAUUCUGCGAAUGCUCAAGUAUAUAAAAUGCAUGCGCCUGAGCGUAAAGAAUGAGAGCAGUACCCUCAUGCCCAUACUGAUCAAUCUGAUUAGCAAGACAUUUAAGGAGGGUUAUCCAGUCUAUGAAAUAUUAGCAAAGUACAUAAAUGAGUUUAGAGAAUUGCCAAAGGAAGUCCCAGAAUUUGCAAACAUAAACGAUAAGACAUAUACACAUGCAGCUCCAGAGGUGGAAGUGUUUUUCUACCUAAUGAUAUUGCUGUACCUGUUGGAUAAAAAAUGCUACAAUGAAGCGAUGGAUCUUUCCACCGUCAUUGUUAACAGGAUCACAAAAUUGAACAGAAGAUCGUUAGACUGCAUAAAUGCAAAGGUGUACUUUUAUUUCUCAUGGGUUCAUGAAUUGGGUGGAAAACUAUCCCAAGUUAGGCAGAAACUUCUCUACAUAUAUCGCAAUGCAUGUCUUCAUAGGGACGUAAUGACUCAGACAGUUGUCCUAAAUUUAAUCCUAAGGGAUUACAUAAAGCACAAUUUAUACGACUUGGCUGUAAAGUUUGUUAGCAAAACUUCCUUUCCAGAAAAUUCUUCAUCAAAUGCACAACACGCAAGGUACCUAUACUAUAUUGGGAAAAUUCUAGCUAUCCAGUUAGACUACAGUGAGGCGCAUAGCAAAAUUACGCAGGCCAUUAGGAAGGCUCCACAAAAUAGUCAAAGUGCUAAAGGGUUCAAAUUAGAAGCCACCAAAAUGGAGAUCAUAGUUGAAUUGCUUAUGGGUGAUAUACCGGACAGGUCUCUCUUCAGCAACAAAAUUAUGAGAAACAAACUGAUCCCUUAUAAGCACGUCGUGACGGCUGUACGAAAUGGAGAUAUAAGCAAAUUUGCCAAAGUGAUGAAUGACUACAACCAGCUGUUCAUGCGCGAUGGGGUCUACCUUCUAAUAAAGCGCAUUCACCACAACGUGAUUAAGACGGCCCUCCGGAUCAUCAACCUGUCCUAUUCCAGGAUUUCCAUCAGCGACAUCGGGAAGAAGAUAGGCGUGGAGUCCCCCCUGGACAUCGUCGGCAUAACGGCCAAGGCUAUCCACGAUGGAGUCAUCGAAGCCACCAUCGACUACGACAACCAGUACGUGGAAUCCAAGUCCAACAGCGACGUCUACAUUACCAGUGAUCCCAUGAAAACCUUCCACAAGAGAAUAGCCUUCUGCUUGCAGCUUUACUCAGAUGCUGUUAAGGCGAUGCAAUAUCCAGACGAAAAUGAAAAAAAGGAAAAUGAGGAGGCCAAGGAAAGGAAGAUCAGACAACAGGAGGAACUGGCGCAGGCAGAGGAGGGAGACCUCGGAGAUGACAACGACUUGUUGUGA